AAUCCACGAAGGUCAUUAUAAUCGCUUCUAAAUACUGUCAUAUAUUUCUGAUAGUGCGUGUUAGAUUGACAAGGAGAGGUGUAAUAGAUAAAUUUGUUCUGGAUAUUUUUUUUGAUAAAAAAAGUUUUAAUAUCAAAAAAGAAAAAACCUUAUUAUUUGGUUUCCCAUUAAAGACAAUGCUGAAGCCAUUUUAAACUGUCCUAUGAAACUUUGAAAAUGUUCUUUUUUCAUAUUGAUUAUGUUACGAAAACACUGGGAGUGUUUAUUGUUUCGUUAAUAUUAUGUAGUAUAAUUUACAGAUGGUUUCGAUCUAGAAAUUAUCCCCCAGGACCUAUUGGUUUACCGUUAAUUGGUUACGGAUUCUUCCUGGGUAAAAAACCUAACCUAACACUCCAAGAUUUAGGUAAUAAAUAUGGCGGCAUAUUUAGCUUCUAUACUGGCCCGCAACUAAUUGUAUGUGUUACAGAAUAUCACAUGAUUAAGGAUAUUUUGAAUCUGCCAAACACUUUAUCAAGGACCCCUCAUUCAUUUGAUUUCCUGGUUGGAAAAGGAGGAUUAGGUUCAUUAAAUGGAGAGGAGUGGAAAGAACAGCGUCGAUUCACAAUGCACACUAUGAGGAAUUUGGGACUUGGAAAAGGACUUUGGGAAACAAUGAUACAGGAAGAUGCAAAUAAACUUGUUAAUAAAUUGAAAGAUAAAAAUGGGAAACCAUUUUUCUUUGAGCCAUUAUUAUCAAGAUCUCAAAUCACCAACAGUUUAUCUCUACUUUUCGGUAGACAUUUGGAUGAAGAAACUGAAAAAGAAGAAAUCGAAAUAAUGUGUAAAGUUGGCAAAGAAAUGAUGAAACAUAUGGUAUCAGUCAAUCUAAACAUUAUGUUUCCUGGGGCGUUCAAAGUUCUUGAAGCUUUGAACAUUAAAGGCAUGAAAGAUUUCAUGGUGAUUCUCAAGAAACUUGAAAAGUUUAUUGG